AUGGCGGACACGACUGCGCAUGUGCAACUCACAUCGGAUGAUGAGGUGAUCAGGAUUGUGAUGGUGGGGAAGACUGGAGCUGGGAAGAGCGCCACAGGAAACACCAUUCUGGGAAAACAGAAGUUUAAAUCUAAGUUCUCCCCUGAAGCUGUGACUAUAGACUGUAAAAAAGCUGAUGCUGUGGUAGAUAAACAAAAGGUUGCUGUUAUCGACACUCCGGGCCUGUUUGACACCAGGAUCACUGAAGAGAAAACAGUUAAAGAUAUUGUCCAGUGCAUUUCUUAUGCUUCUCCUGGACCUCAUAUCUUCUUGGUCGUCAUCAAACUGGGCUUAUUCACAGAUGAAGAAAAGAAAACAGUGGAGAAGAUUCAGGAAAUCUUUGGUGAGGAAGCCAACAAAUACAGCAUGGUUCUCUUUACCCAUGGUGACCAGCUCAAAGGGAAAUCUAUCAAGGAGUUCUUGAAGGACAGUGUAGAUCUGAAGGAACUUGUGGACAAAUGUAACAACCAGUAUCACGUGUUCAAUAAUGAGGAGAAGAAACGUUCUCAGGUGAGCGAGCUGCUCAAGAAGAUAAAAAAAAUGAAUGAACAGAACGGAGGAAGCUACUACACCAGUGAAAUGUUCCAAAAGGCAAAGAGAGAGUUUGAAGAGAAGAAAGCAAGUGAGUGUAAAAAUCUGGAAGAACAGAUACAUAGUUUUCAGGAAAGGUUUGAGCAAAUGAUGAUGCAGGAGAAGGCUGACAGGCAGAAUGAGAUGAAGUUGUGGGAUGCUAAAGAAGCAAAGAUGAAGGAGGAAAUAGAGAAACUGAAAAAAGGGCAGGAAGAGCAGGCGAGCAGAGAAGCUGAGAAAAACUCUUAUUAA